AUGGAGGCGAUUAAGAAAAAGAUGCUUGCAAUGAAGUUAGAUAAAGAAAAUGCCAUUGAUCUGGCCGAUCAACUGGAGGAACAGAUGAAAGAAAAGGAAAUGGAAAUGUCCAAGAAGGAAGAAGAAAUGGCCGAUGUUGUCAAGCGCUACCAAAGUCUCGAGGCUGAGAAAGAAGCUGCUGAAUCGCAACUAACGGAGACUAAUCAAAAACUUGAAGACACCGAGAAACGAGCACAAGAGCACAGAAGGUACUCAUCUACUUCGGUGUCCAGUCGCCCAAGACGUGGUGUUCACAGAACUUAUAAUUCACCACGGCUAGCACAAGUGUCCAUACCACCACAAAUAAACCCGCAAAGCCAGCACUGCUAUCAAUAUUAUCAUCAUCAACGGGAUUCCCACAGAUGGCACAACAAUCAGAAAUCCAACGAUAGUCUUCCACUCAGAAUGUCAUCUUCUUUUAUCGACUUUUCUUCUAGCUCAUCUUCAUCAGUAUAUCAGUCUUCUACCCCCCAGCAACUUCGAAGACAGAGAAGAAGCAGAAAUAGACGUGGUUUUAAAAAUAAACAGCGGCCAGUUAAUUAUGGCUGUGAAUGUACAUGUCAACAUUGUGGAAAGCCUACAACUCCUACUGAUGUUAUGUUUAUUAGCAUGUAUGAUUUCAAUACUCUUGGCUCUCGUCCAGAACCAGAAGGAUGUGCAGCCAAUCCCAUACAUCAAGAGGAGCAUGUCAGACCAACAAAGAAAAGUUAUGUUCCCUACUCUGUCGACGAACCACUUUUUUCUGAUUAUGGUGAUAAAAGUGAUAGUGAUGAUGAUUACGUCAUUGCUCGAAAGAAGCAGUCUAUCAAAGACCAGAAAACAGCAUUUGCCGAGGCAUAUUGCGCGUCAAAAUUAAAUUCCGGGACACUUAUUCAGUUGGCAAUUAUCGAAGCGGAGUUAAAGAAUCUUGUUCAUUCGUCACUGGAUAAGGUAAAAUAA